CCUCAGCCCUCACUCUCCUCAAGCCGCCUCCACUCUCGAAUCGCUCCACACCUCCACGAUUCUCCAGCGACGGCGGCGGGAUUUUCCGGCGAUCUCACAGUCGUGCUCAAUCUUCUCCUCUACCUUCUCUCCAGCGAAGAGUCGCCACUCGCCACUCGCCUCCUCUACCUUUUCGUGUAAAUUGGUGCUAAUGACAAAUGUGUCUAGCUCAAGUAGCUCGGUGAACAAAUCCAGCUGGAGACUAAAAUCAGUUGUUACAUUGGCAUUAACGUUGCUUACAAGUUCACAGUCAAUACUUAUUGUGUGGUCCAAGAGAGCUGGAAAGUAUGAAUACAGUGUGACAACGGCUAACUUUUCGGUGGAGGCCUUAAAAUGUGCGCUAUCACUUGCAGCCCUUAGCAGAAUAUGGAAAAGAGAAGGGGUCACAGAAGAUAACAGGUUAACGACAUCAUUCGAUGAAGUUAGUGUCUAUCCUAUUCCUGCACUGCUUUACCUAGUCAAGAACUUGCUGCAGUAUUACAUCUUUGCAUAUGUGGAUGCCCCUGCUUAUCAGAUACUGAAGAACCUUAACAUUAUCAGCACUGGUGUGCUAUAUCGUAUCAUUCUAAAGAGGAAGUUAAGUGAAAUCCAAUGGGCUGCUUUUAUUCUCCUAUGUGCAGGGUGUACCACCGCACAACUUAAUGCCUCUUCAGAUCGUGUUCUUCAAACACCUUUUCAGGGGUGGAUGAUGGCCAUUAUCAUGGCACUUCUAAGUGGCUUUGCUGGGGUAUAUACAGAGGCUAUUAUAAAAAAACGCCCUUCAAGAAAUAUUAAUGUUCAAAACUUCUGGUUGUACAUUUUUGGCAUGAUUUUCAAUUUGGUUGCAAUUUGCGUUCAGGAUUAUGAUGCAGUUAUGAAUAAAGGUUUCUUCCAUGGUUAUUCUUUCAUCACAGUUUGCAUGAUUCUAAAUCAUGCUCUCAGUGGAAUUGCCGUAUCGAUGGUAAUGAAAUAUGCUGAUAACAUUGUGAAGGUGUACUCAACUUCUGUGGCAAUGCUCCUGACUGCAAUUGUUUCAGUGUUCCUAUUUGGCUUUCAUCUCUCCCUUGCCUUCUUUCUGGGAUCUACGGUUGUCUCUGUCUCUGUAUACCUCCACUCCAUUGGGAAGCCACAAAAAUGAGUUCCAAGAAACAAGAAAAUGCUCCUUGACAUAGUCAGCAGAUCACUAAAGAUUAUCAUGCCUAAGAAUACGAAGUUUCAGUAUCAGCUUGGUCUAACCUACAAGUUCACCUCGACACCAAGCGAGAAGUUCAAGAGGAAUCAAAAGGUUUGAUUAGUUUUUUAUUCUUAGAGGAAUUCUAACGACUGAGUGGCUUCAACGUGAUCAAGUUGCUCGACCUGGAAAGGGGAAAAAAGUUCUUUUGUAUCUUGUGUUGUUUUAGCACGUUCAAUUCUUUUGCCCUGUAUGUGUAAGCAGAUUAAAUUGUACUGUUUCCUGAAAGCACAUUUUCAGAUGGAAAUCACAGCAUGUUAGUUGGGUGUUAAUACCGCGAAUUCAGUUUAUAGAUUUCAUUUUGGCUGUUUUAUUAUGCGUGCUGGCAAAGAGAAUGAGAAGCACAAAUACAAUAACAAUUGCCUGUGUAACUAUUUUUCUACAUACAACUUCUUCAGCCAAGCUUGUUGAA